AUGAUAUUAUCCAAAGAUUAAAUUGUAUUCUGCAGGAUAAAAGCUAAGUGCUAUUGGCCAGCCUAGAUCAAGUAAACAAAAAGAGGAGGUGGAUUUGAUGUUUAAUUUAUUAACAAAGAUGACUAAGAAAUAUAGAAUAAAAAUGAGAGUGAUAUCAUACUUUUUGAUGAAGGACUUGACAAAUUUAAAGGAUCCAAACAGCAGGGGUUUGAAGAUGCUUUAGAAAAAGCAAGAUAAAUUAUAGAGGAGCAAUCUAAUUAAAAAAAAGCUUAAAAAAAAUUGUAGAACUCAACCACAUAAAAUAUACAGGCUAAAUAGGGAUUAAGUUCCACAUCCAACAAUAACAAUAAAGGGAUAAGUUCUAAUCUAACUAAAAGAAGACAUAAUUAGAUAUCAUCCAAUAAUUCAAUAGAAUCUUUGCAAUCUCUAGAAGAAUCAUCUUAGGGCUAAGAAGCAUAACCUUCAAAAAAGCUCCAGGUAUCAAAUACAGAUAAAGGCAAGGUUUUAACUAAAAAAAGUACAUAACCUGCUCAAUCAAUUUAGAAUGAAAACGGUAAAGAAAAAAGCACAAAUUAAAAAAAUUUGUAUAUGAGCACAAAGGAGAGAAAUAAUAAGGCUACUGUCUCAUAGGUUUAGUCAAGUAAAGUUUCUUCAAAAAAAUCAGUAAAAAUUGAUGAAAAGCAAGAAAAAAAGCAAUAGCAAAUUGAGUAAAUUAAUAAAUAAGAGGGAAAAAGAACCCCAACAAGGUCUUAAUCAAAAAAUAUGAAUAAAAAUGACUCCAGUUAAGUAAAUUAAUCACUGUUACAAGAAACUUCUAAACCUUCCACUCCUCUAAAAGGAAAUAAAAAUUUAUAGGAAUCGUCUAAAGAAAAUUUAAAAAAUUAACAAAAAGUAACCCCAAAAAAAGUGAAUUUGGUUGCAUCAUAAAUUAAUGACAACAAAAAGAUUACGAGAAAGCAAGAGAAGUAAUCACUAAAAUCAGAUGAAAAUGAAAAGAGAAGCUUAAAGACUUCUAAAGGAAAUAAAAAUUCUAACAAUGGUAAUGAUGAAUAAGAAAAAGAUUCUAAAUAGAAAAAAAGGGAAAUUUCUGAGUCUUCCUAAGUAAAUUUGGAGGGAAAAAAAAAAAUUUAGAAAAAAUCAAAUUAGAAAAUUGCUCCAACUUCCAGUUCGACCUCUUCUUCUUUGAAGACUAGAGUUUAAUAGAAAAAAAAUGAUAAAAAAGACAGCGAAAAUACUAAGCACAACAAAUCAGGAUUAAAUAAUCUAGAAAAUACUGUUAAGUAAGAAGAAGCUUCUCCCAGCAAAAAAGGCACUAGCAAGAGCAAAGGAUAGAGGAAAAGUGCCUCAAAAAAGAAAGAAAAAAAUGGUAACAAUGAGCAUUUAGAUGAUGCUAAAUCUUCACUAAAUAUGUUUUUCCACAAUGAAAAAAAUAAAGGUUUCUAUGGAGAAGAAUUUACUAAUUAUGAUCACACUGAAAACUUUGUUAACAAUAAUAAUAAUACAAACAUAAGCCAACAUUUUUAAGAAAGUCCUGAAUUCGGAUAGAAAAAUUUUGGGGAAUCUAAUAACAAUAUUUUGAAUUUAAAUGAGGAGUUAUCAAAAGGAAUUUUUUAGAAUAUAUCAAAUAAUACAUUAUUAACUAAUUUAUUAGCUCCCAGUUCCAGUUAAUCAAUUUAUUCUAAUGCAUUUUAAGGAAUGAGCACUAAUAAUUUAUUCUUAGCUAAUGAAAAUAAUAGUGAUAACAAUACUUAAAUAUUCUCAUUAAACAACAGCCCAUUUGGUAACAAAGAUAAAAAGUAUUUUGAUGAUCAAGAUGAAUUAAAUCUAGCUAUUCAUCCUGAUGAAAAUAAAUCUAUUCUUUCUUUGAAUUAACAGUAAUAAAUUCUAUUGAAUGCUCUUAAAUCUGGAGGUGUUACCUAGUAAUAAUUUGACUUUUAUUCGUAAAAAUUGUAAAACAAUAAUUAAAACGCAAUUUAAUUAUUUGAUGGUAACAAUUAAGGAAAGCAACUAAAUACAAACCAGAAUAACAUUAAAUUUAAUAAUAUUUUUGCUUCAAAUUAAACAGCAGUUUCCGAAAAUUAGAAUGGUAUAGACGUUUUGGGUAACAUUACAAAUCAAAUAAAAAAUUUAUAAAAUUAGUAAACUAAUAAUAAAAAUUCUAUUUUCGGCUCUCAGCAAUCAGUAGGUAACUCAUUGAUAAAUUAAACUAAGAAUGAAUUAAAUGGUUUGCCUACUAGCCUAUAGAAUAAUAUGGGAAUGAGUAGCAGUAUUGCAAACUAAAGUAGCAUACUUUCCUUUGGAGUUCCUUCUUGUUAAGAUUAAAUGUUGCCUUAAGGGUCAAUAAACUCUCAAAUAUACACUUUAAAAUCAUAAGGAGAUUUCCUAUCUCAAAGUGAUGUUCUUUCAUUCUCUUAGGGGAAUCAGCUUUAAAAUAGCUCAAGUUUAUUUGCUAGUGGAAUAUAAACUUCAGUAUAAGCUCCUCCUUCUUUUGGAAAUUAGAAUAGCUAGUAAUAAAAUAACCAUUCUGUUAUUAUUCCAUCUCCUUUAUUUGUUACUAAAUAAAACUCAGGACAAAGUAAUCUACAAAUAUCGAACAAUAGUUCUUUUAAGCUAUCACCAUAAUCUAACAAGUAAUAGAAGUGUGAAGUUUAUAACUAAAUGAAGAACAAAAUACUUCCUAUGCUUGAAAUGAAAAUCAAAAAUAAGGUAUACUAUGAAAAUGAAAAAGAUAUGUGGCUUUGUGAAAUAGUUGAUUGUGUUCAUAAGUUAAAAGCUAUACCAAUCGAACAGAUUUAUUAGGGUGAGUAUUCUAUGAUUCUUGAACAGAUAUACGAUGCACUUCUUACUAUCUAAGAAACAACUAAAAGAAACUUUUAGUAUGUCCUAGGAAUGAUACAACGUACCAUGACAACUCUUGAUAAAAAGAUUAUCAAAUAUCUGCAUGACUAUUCUCGUGUUCGUGGUGAAAAAUAUAAUAUUACAAGAGAGGAAGAAAUUCAAAAGAAAUUCUCUCAAGGAGCUGAACAAGCUAUUAAAAUAGAAGACAACAACGAAUCUUUCGAAAUAAGCUCAUAAUCAUCUGCUCAGUAUUAAUCCAGAUAUAAUAAAUCAUAAAAUGGCUACCAAAAUUAAUAAAUAAAAAUAGAUCCUUCCUUAAAGCAAACUGCAAUGAGUCCUCCCUCAAAGUAAAACUAUGCUGAUAAAGAGAAUGAAUCAACAGCUAAAAAAGACCAUAAUAAAAAUAAAAAUGAGUUUUUUUAUAAUAAUAACCAUAACAAUUCUACUAAUACGACUAUUAAUAGCUUAACAAGUACAAGUAUGAACCAAAGUAUGAAUAAUGAUAUUUUCAAUUUAAGUAUAAGCGAGACAUUAAGAGAAAUAAAUAAUCAAAACGAAUUUUAAACAAGAAACAAUUAAAUAUUAGAAUCAGAAAUUCAAUCAGAGUAAUCUUUGCAAAAGGCAGUCAAAGAAGAAGUGAUAGCUUGA